AUGUUAUCAAGUAUUAUUUUCCUUCGAACUGUUACUUUUCACAAACUAGCAUUCCAUUCAAGGUUUAAACAUAUCAGCACAGAAAAAUCCGUUGAACUAAAGCGUACACUAUCGACGGAUUUACCACAGUCUGCACCACCUUCUACUAGAAAAUCAUUUAAAACAACGCGUUCAAAAUUGGAAGGAGAACAACGUGAUUUAAAUCUUAAACAAUUAAAAUCAAAUGGUUGGCAAAUUGUCGAUAAUCAUGAUGCAAUAAAAAAAGAUUUUGAAUUUGAAAAUUUUAAUCAAGCAUUUGCAUUUAUGACACGUAUUGCAUUACUAGCCGAAAAACUUAAUCAUCAUCCUGAAUGGUCAAAUGUGUAUAAUAAAGUCAAUGUAACGUUAACUACGCACGAUCUCAAAGGUAUAUCAACAUAUGAUGUUCAAAUGGCAUCAUUUAUGGAUGAAAUACAUUCAUUACAUAAGAAAAAAUAA